UUUUGCCAUGGCAACAAUUACAAUGCAUUUGCCAUGAUGCUGCAUUCGGAAGCGUCGCAGCCCGUAGACAGUCUGUGGUACAAGUACCUGAAAUGUAGCAUUUGUUUGGAAUAUUACUGCAAUCCACAUACCCUGAAAUGUGGACAUAGCUUCUGUAUAAGUUGUCUCGGUCAAUUAGAAAGGAAUGGCAGAGAGCAGAAUCCUGGAACGAAUCCCAACCAAAUAAAGUUGCGCUGCCCGACAUGCCGAUCUCCACUCAGUGCAAAAAGCAUAAGAAAGCGGAAACUAACCGUCAACUAUACCUUACAGGAGUUCGUGGAGAACUGGCUUAACGAACAGAGAACGAUUCGAACCCGGACUGUCCAUGUCCGAUCCGUCGCAUCACAGAGUGCCGACGAGGGCAGCGAAGGGGAGGAUAAUGAGGAAGAGGUGUCCCGAACGGAAUAUGGAGAGGUUUCCGUUCGACACCAUCUCCCUAGAAUGUCCAACAGCGAAGUGGACACCAUAGUGAACCAAGUAGAGCAACGACGUGCCCGUCCAACGUCAAGUUGUGGCAGCACGUCGGAUGAGUCGGACGCCAGUUUCACGACAACACAAGACAACCAACUUGAACGGCGACAUCCCGUACAGACCUUACCCGUUUUUUCAUUCACAUCUCUUCUGAAACAUUUCUUGACGGACAUUUGUGGCGUCGUAUCCGACGUGAUCAGAUGUCCAAACAGGUCCGUGAUGGCGGUCGUGUGGAGCGGGUACACCCUUUCGAUCAUGCUCAUUUCCAGUGGGUUCUUUCCCUAUAUGCUCCUGUAUAGCAUUCUCUUCUUCCUGAUACUGUACGCAGAGUCCAUCGAACAGCGCCGGGCUCAGCGGGAACGGCGGGCAUGGACAGCCGAAGACUGAAUCACUCGGUAAAAAUAUAGUGUUCCCGUGGGUCUUUGACUAUACAGAAACUGUUUGGCUUCCUGGCCGUCUCCGUGUUGAUCUUGUAAAGUUUGUUUUUUUUGUUUUUUGUUUUUUUUUCAAACUAGGCUUCGACACCUUCCGUCGUUAAAAUGUGACUUAAAUACAAUGAAUAAUAAAAAAAACUGAUCUGGCGAUUGGUUUCGUAAUUUAUCCUUUUCUAAACGUUCUUGGUCAAAUAGUACCUGAUUGGCUAUUUACACAUA